GUAUUAUGUGCAGCAAAUCCGUGGGAACAGAAAUACGUUUACGUUUUCUCGCAGUGAAUUUUGUGUGUGAUUUCUGUGUGUGUCGGCCCGUUUCCGUCCUGGUCGCACGGACCAACCGAACAACAGCAGCAGCAGCAGUCUAGAGCCCCGAGCCGCAACAACAACUACAACAACAAUACAUACGCACAAUAUAAGCGACGUUGUCGCGCUGCGUCACUGCUCUGUGUUUUUACGUUUGCAAAGACACAAAAAAAAAAAAGAAAACAGAAAAGAACGCAAAGCAAAUAAAAAGUAAAAAGUCUGUUGCUUUUUUUGCCCAAAAACAGAGCCCCAACGGGAUCAUCUUUGAUUUUCGCUUGCGUUUCGGAACAGCCUCAACACGAAUUACCUACCAUUUGCCCUGCAGAGGCGAUUGACUGUGGUUGCCAGCCCCGCUGCAACAGGAUCAGCCUCCGUCUCGUCCACGUCCACGCCCUCGCACGGCCAGCAGUUCGACCUAAACUCUACCAAUAACAACAGCAGCAGCACCAACAAUAGCAGCAGCCUCGACAACAUCUCGAGGAUACAACCAUCCUGGCUAGACAGGAGCCAGCAGCAGCAGCAGAAUCAGCAAGAGAGUUUGUCUAUUGCCAAUACACCCAACAUGAGCAUGGAUUUGGCGGCACGUUCCACACUGGUGAAGGAGGGUUGGCUGAUGAAGCGAGGGGAACACAUCAAGACGUGGCGUCAGCGCUACUUUGUGCUCCGCUCCGACGGUAGUCUGAUGGGAUACCGCAGCAAGCCGGCGGACAGCGCCAACACACAGUCGUCGGAGCAGCCUGAGCAGCUCAACAACUUUACGGUGCGCGGGUGUCAGAUCAUGAGCGUGGACAGGCCAAAGCCCUUCACAUUCAUCAUCCGCGGCCUGCAAUGGACAACGGUGAUCGAGCGGACCUUUGCCGUCGACACAGAAAUGGAGCGCCAGCAGUGGACCGAGGCCAUACGCAAUGUGUCCAGUCGGCUGAGCGAAAUGGGAGAGAUGGCCAUGUCGCCGUCAGUGCAGACAGACAUGGCCGACGUGGACAUGGCCGGCAUUGCCGAGGUGGAACUCUCCGAGCAGUUCUCGGUGCAGGGCACCACCUGCAACAGCAGCGGAGUCAAGAAAGUGACUUUGGAGAACUUUGAGUUCCUCAAGGUGCUCGGCAAGGGCACCUUCGGCAAGGUUAUCCUGUGCCGCGAGAAGGCCACUGCCAAGCUCUAUGCGAUCAAGAUUCUCAAGAAGGAGGUCAUCAUCCAGAAGGAUGAGGUGGCGCACACACUCACGGAGAGUCGUGUGCUCAAGAACACCAAUCAUCCAUUUCUUAUUUCCCUUAAAUAUUCAUUUCAAACCAAUGAUCGCCUGUGUUUUGUCAUGCAGUACGUGAACGGCGGUGAGCUCUUCUGGCAUUUGAGCCACGAGCGCAUCUUCACCGAAGACCGUACACGUUUCUAUGGGGCCGAGAUCAUCUCGGCCUUGGGCUAUCUCCACUCUCAGGGCAUCAUCUAUCGCGACUUGAAACUGGAGAAUCUUUUGCUGGACAAAGAUGGCCACAUCAAGGUCGCCGAUUUUGGCCUGUGCAAGGAGGACAUCACCUAUGGCCGCACAACGAAAACAUUUUGCGGCACACCGGAAUACUUGGCCCCGGAAGUAUUAGACGAUACUGAUUAUGGACAGGCGGUGGAUUGGUGGGGCACAGGCGUCGUCAUGUAUGAGAUGAUUUGCGGUCGCUUGCCGUUUUACAAUCGCGAUCACGAUGUGCUCUUCACAUUGAUAUUGGCGGAGGAGGUGAAAUUCCCUCGCAAUAUUACAGAUGAGGCGAAAAACCUGUUGGCUGGCUUGCUGGCCAAAGAUCCCAAGAAGCGUCUGGGCGGCGGGCAGGAUGACGUUAAGGCAAUACAAGAUCAUCCCUUUUUUGCGAGUAUUAAUUGGACAGAUCUGGUGCUAAAGAAGAUACCGCCGCCAUUUAAGCCUCAGGUUACAUCCGAUACGGAUACACGUUACUUUGACAAGGAGUUUACUGGCGAGAGCGUGGAGCUGACGCCGCCGGAUCCCACUGGACCGCUGGGCUCCAUAGCGGAAGAACCGCUUUUCCCGCAGUUCAGCUACCAGGGAGAUAUGGCUUCCACAUUGGGCACCUCGUCGCACAUUAGUACUUCCACAAGUCUCGCAUCGAUGCAAUAGAACAACAUCAACAACAAAACAACAACAACAAGAGUUAAUCAACAACGUAACGUAAUGUAAUGUCACGUAACAAGCACACACCCACACAUCAUGUUCUGCUUUCAUCACCUAUAAACUAUAUACCUAUAGCAUAUAGCAUAUAGAAAUGGGCAAAUUGAAAUGAAAACAAAACAAAACAAGAAAAUAUUAAAUAAUAAUAAUAAUAAUUAUGUAAUACACAGAAGAAAAAGGCAAACAGGCAAAGGUUUUUCUUGCUACACAACAAAUAAUAAGGGAAUUCAAUUGAUAGUAACUUAUUUGUUCAUUCAUAAUAUGAAAAGGGAAUGAAGGCGUAUGAAUGAUAUGAAGGAGGGAAAGUAACAGAUCGUAGACCGUCGAAGCAGAGGAAAUAAUUUACCACAUAUGAUUACACAUAUACCAUAUAUCUAUCUAUAUACAUACUUAUACAUACAUCUAAUAAUAUAACACUGGGUGGCCGCCAUCACCUCGAGUGGGCGUUCGGGGGUCUGGAGUGAUUAGUUAAUUAGUUACGACAACAACCAUUUAUUAAGCAAAAAAAAAAAAAAAACCAACUGAAAGCCACAACACACACACACACUUAUAGGAUAUAGC